AUGAGCUCUUCGCUACGAUCGAUAUACCCUUGGAUCCGGUCACCUCUUGUAGCUUGCUCACCAAUGCUGCGCAUCUCGCAGCCGGCUCUCGCGGUGGCCGUGUCGCACGCAGGCGGGCUGGGGUUUGUCGCGGGAGGCUAUGACACGGACGAGCUGGCGCUCAACAUGAAGAACGCUGUGGGCCUUCUCAGAGGUCUGGAUCCGCCUGUUCCCACGCAGACGGGCGUUCUUCCAAUAGGGAUAGGAUUCGUACUAUGGGGGUGCGACCUGGAACGGUCCGUGCAAGUGAUUCAGCAGUUUGUACCGGCCGCGGUGUGGCUCUUCGCUGCGCCCAGCAACGAACAGUACGCUCUCUGGGCGAGCCGGAUCCGGGACGCUACGCAGAGUCGAACGCAGAUCUGGAUACAGGUCGCGGGCGUCAAAGAAGGCCUCGACGUGGUGCGCGCGGCACAGCCUGAUGUGCUAGUCGCACAGGGGAACGAUGCUGGUGGGCACGGAAUGAAAAGGUCAGCUAGCGUGAUAUCCUUAGUGCCUGAACUCCGCGAUUCGCUCGACGCACACGGCUUCGGCCGCACCACCGUGUUAGCAGCCGGAGGGAUCGUCGACGGUAGGGGCGCGGCCGCUGCGCUGGUGCUUGGCGCGGACGGUGUGGUGAUGGGUACCAGAUUCUUGGCCUCUCACGAAGCCGUUGUUGCCAAAGGCUACCAGCAAGAGCUUCUUCGGGCGGAGGAUGGCGGAGUCAGCACCGUAAGAUCGAGACUUUUCGACCGCGUCAAAGAGACCAACGGGUGGCCCGACGACUACGACGGCAGAGCCUUUGUCAACAGAACAUUUCUCGAUGCCCAGAACGGCAUGCCAGUUGAACAAAACAUAAGCCUGCACAAGCAGGAGGUUGCUCACGGAGAUACCGAUGGAGGCGUCAAAGCAAGAACAAUCAGAUAUGCGGGGACUGGUGUUGGUUUAAUCCACGACGUUGUUCCUGCCGCAGAAAUAGUCAACACAGUGGCCGCGGAGGUUGAAAUGUCACUGGCCAAGGCAAUAAAGAAAUUGAACGCAGCUUAA